AGCGCAACAGCAUCACAUCAUUUUACAGCCAAGCAGAAGUUGGACGUCACUGAAACUGUGAAGCAGAAGCAGCAUCCAGAGUUUGAUCAGAAAGCUACUGUCCAGGAAACAGCUGAACGAUGAGUCAAACAUCACUGGAGUCCAAACUGGAGGCCCUGCAGUGCCACUUCACCUGGGAUCUGGACCCCAGCAGGUCCAGACUCUUCCGUCUCAGGUACCAGCUGGAGGACAUCGGCACCGAGGAGGGAAACAGCUGGCUGGGUCACAUUUACAACCUGCGGGGGUACGUUCAAUACAAGCUGGGGUUCAGCAAAGAUGCCCAGAGUUUGUUCAACAAGGCUGCAGAGGCCUUCUGCCAGACAAGAAGAGCAGACGCAGACGAGGGUCCCUGGUUAGUGGUGAACUACGGGAACCUGGCUUGGCUGCACCACCACCUGGGAGAACAAGCAGAGAGUCAGGCUUACCUGUCAAAGGUCGACGCCCUGAUGAAUAAAUACCCAUCUCCAUCCCAGGACGAGCUCCAUCCAGAGAUCUACGCUGAGAAAGCCUGGACCCUGAUGAAGUUCAGCACAGACAAGAAGCAGCUGGCAGCAGAUUACUUCCAGAGAGCCAUCAGGAUGCAGCCGGACAUGGUGGAGUGGAAAACCAGCCACGUCUUAGUGCUGUAUAAUAUCUCAAAGUCAGUGUACACAGGACUGGAUGCUGACAUGUUGGAGAAAAUGAGAAUUGCAAAGGAAGAAGAUCCAGAGAACUUGUACCUCGCUGUUCACUACCUUGAGCAGAACGCUAAAACGAUGAAGAGAGAAAGAGUUGAAGAUGAAGCUGGAGAGUUAGCUCAGAAGAUUCUGAAGAAUCCAGUCAGCAGCUACAGCGGUUUGAAACCUUUGCUGUGGGUUUAUUUUAAAUAUGUUUCCGUUGAUGAGGCCAUUGAUCUGGCAGAGGAGGCUCUGAGACGUCAUCCAGAUGUGCGUUAUCUGAAGAGCUGUGUUGCUCUCUGCUACAAAUGGAUCAUUACUUCCAGAGGCAGUUUCCCAAAUCAAAGCAUGAUAGACAGAGCGAUCAGCCUCCAUGAGGAGCUGAUUCCUCUUUACCCUCAGUCUUCUCUGGUGAAGAAAAUAGACCUCGCAAGCAUAUACGCAAAGUCAAAUCACAGCCAGGCUAAAGCUGAGCAGAUUUACCAGGAGCUGUUAGAGAGCGAUCUGGAUCCUGAAGAGAAACAGAUGGUUUACAACAGGUUCGCACACUAUUUAAAUAUUGAUCGAAGGGAUCGUCAAGGGUCAAUACAGUAUCACAUGAAGGCAGCAGAGAUACCGUACAAAUCGCGCUUUCGUGAGAACAGCAUCAGAGUUCUGGGAAAGAUUAAAGAUGCAUUUAGGAAACGGGCGGAAGGCUUAGAGGAGUUUCUGCAGAACCUGCAGGAGCCAUGAUGCAGUCGCUGUAACCCCAGAAAAUCUGGUGAUGCUGUGAAAGUCUGCUUCCACUGCAUCUUCAUAGACGACCGCAUUAAUAUGGAGGAACAUCUUAUCCAGAAUUUAAAUUAAUACAGAAAAAGAAAAGGUGAAAACAAAAAAUGCCAAUUACAGCAGCAAUAACUUACUCAAAACACGUUCUGUCCAAUCAACAAGUUAGAAAGUUGUCAGAUUAAAGCAAAGUUAACGGGAGACAACAGCUGACUGAAACCCUCUCAACAGUUUAAUGAAGCAGCUGAAUCAGACAACAACACUGCAAUGGUCCUUUAAUCAACAGCCACAUGUUCAACUGUCAGUAAUGAAAUUCAAAUUACAUGAUUAAUUAAAUCCUUGACAGUGUUUACUGUACUCCUGUGCUGUAUUUUAAGUCUAUAUAAGAAGAUUACACCUUUUAUGUAACAUUUGUUCUGCUGAUGUAGAGUUUUGAUGAUGUAACAGUUAUUUGAUGUGUCACUGAACAAUGAUGCCAGAUGUAACUGAUUGUAUUCAUAGAAAGUUUGUUAAGAUGUCUCAGUUGUACAAAUGACUAAUAAAUAUAAUAAACAUACCUUAAGAAUC